AUGUCCUCCGCCAGGUUUGAUUCUUCAGACCGCUCCGCCUGGUACAUGGGACCAGUGUCUCGCCAGGAGGCGCAGACCCGUCUCCAGGGCCAGCGCCAUGGCAUGUUCCUAGUCCGGGACUCCUCUACCUGCCCCGGGGACUAUGUACUGUCCGUGUCCGAGAACUCGCGCGUCUCGCACUACAUCAUCAACUCCCUGCCCAACCGCCGCUUCAAGAUCGGGGACCAGGAGUUUGAUCAUUUGCCGGCCUUGCUGGAGUUCUACAAGAUCCACUACCUGGAUACUACCACCUUAAUCGAACCAGCGCCCAGGUACCCAAGCCCACCAAUGGGUUCCAUCUCAGCACCCAACUUGUCUACAGCAGAAGAAAACCUGGAGUAUGUACGGACUCUGUAUGAUUUCCCCGGGAAUGAUGCUGAAGACCUGCCCUUUAAGAAGGGUGAGAUUCUAGUGAUAAUAGAGAAGCCUGAGGAACAGUGGUGGAGUGCCCGGAACAAGGAUGGCCGGGCUGGCAUGAUUCCUGUCCCUUACGUUGAAAAGCUUGUGAGGUCCUCGCCACAUGGAAAGCAUGGAAAUAGGAAUUCUAACAGUUAUGGCAUCCCAGAACCCGCUCACGCAUAUGCUCAACCUCAGACCACAACUCCUCUACCUACAGUUGCCAGUACUCCUGGGGCAGCGAUCAACCCUUUGCCAUCUACACAGAAUGGACCUGUUUUUGCAAAAGCAAUCCAGAAGAGAGUACCUUGUGCUUAUGACAAGACUGCCUUGGCAUUGGAGGUUGGUGACAUAGUGAAAGUCACAAGAAUGAAUAUAAAUGGCCAGUGGGAAGGCGAGGUGAAUGGGCGCAAAGGGCUUUUCCCCUUCACACAUGUUAAAAUCUUUGACCCUCAAAAUCCAGAUGACAACGAGUGAUUGCUGCUGCUGUCCCUGCUGCUGCCGUGUUCUGCCUGUCCCGGUCUCCCCUGAGUGGGAAGCACUCUCACCCGCUGGUGGCCCACUCGCCGCGCAUUGGCGGUCUCCUGCUCAUUUGGAAUGCCUCCAGCAGCUGCCUCUUGGCAUUUGUAUCAUAGUCAUGCUGUCAAAGAGUAGCUGAUUUUAGAGUUCUUCUGGACUAUAAACUGGAAAUACUGGUGGAAGCACACAAGUAGAAAGAAUUUUAACGGAAUUCCUUUCCAUCACUGCCUUGUCUGUGCUUGAGGCUGACUCUUGUGCUCGCCAUAGAGAGCGUGAGCCUCGGCAAGGCCUGGCUGCUGCUGGUCCACAGGGCAGUGGCUUUGCCACCAACUUGUUUUUCUUUGGACAACAGAGGAAGUAAAACCCAGACCACUCUGUCCUGAACUCCUGAAAUCUGGCUUGUUUUCACUUUCUUUUGUUUAGUUUUGUUUUGGAAGACUAAUUAAUUAGAGUUGUGUGUUCUGAACAGAUUUCUAAAUAGUAGCUUGGAUUUUGUGAUAGUCAAGGAAUAAUACGUGUCCCCGAGCUUCCAAACCGCAGCUGCUGUACGUAACUAAAAAUAUGAAAAGACCCGCUAAAGGAGA